CUCCAUGCGACACUACAAAAUAAUACAAUUUCCCCGACUCUGCACUAAUGCAGUGCACUGGGCCAAGGUUCGAAACAUACCCAGAUGACCGGGACGCGGACACUGAGCGCACAGGAAUGACAGAACCGCGACUCGGCUGUAGGUAGGUACAGCACUGAGUGCCCCAGGCGGAAGUGUUAUUUUAGUGUCCAGAACUGACACAUUUCCAAGAGAGUGCGGAAUGCGAUUCCGGCCCUCCUACCUAAGGAAAGAUGAGGGAAUGGUGGCUUCUUGUGGGCUUGCUGUGCAUUCCUCUGCUGGCGGUCUACCUCCACAUCCCUCCUCCCCAACUGUCCCCUGCCCUCCUGACCUGGCACUCUGCCGGAGCAUUCUUCACUUUCAGGGGCAACAAUAUAUUCUACAGAGAAACCUAUGGUGCUGUAGGCAGCUCUGAUGUAGUCAUCCUCCUCCAUGGCUUCCCUACCUCCAGCCUUGACUGGUACAAGAUAUGGGAGCCCCUGAAUCAGCGCUUUAACCGAGUCAUUGCUCUGGACUUCCUUGGCUUUGGCUUCAGUGACAAACCUAGGCCCCACCGCUACUCCAUCUUUGAGCAGGCCAGCGUUGUGGAGGCGUUGGUGUCCCACCUGGGUCUGACAGAGCGGAGGGUCAACCUGCUCUCCUACGACUACGGAGACACUGUGGCCCAGGAACUACUCUACAGGAGUGACCACAACAGGACAGGACACUUGACCAUCAACAGCCUCUGUCUGUCCAAUGGAGGAAUAUUCCCUGAAACACACCAUCCCAGAUUCCUUCAGAAGCUCCUCAAGGACUCCAGCUUCCUCUCUUCUGUGCUGACCCGUCUCACCAACUACAUGGUCUUCUCUAAAGGGCUUGGGGACGUGUUUGGUCCUUACACCCAGCCCACAGACGCUGAGUUCUUCGACAUGUGGACAGGGGUCCGCUUCAAUGAUGGGAACCUGGUCAUGGACAGUAUCCUGCAGUUUAUUAACCAGAGGGACAAGCACAGAGACAGAUGGGUUGGUGCUCUCACCUCUACUUUCAUCCCUGUUCAUAUGAUCUAUGGACCCCUGGAUCCAGUCAACCCUCACCCCCAAUUCAUCCUCCUUUACCAGAAACUGGUCCAGAGGUCCACUGUGUCGGUUCUGGAUGAACACAUCAGCCAUUAUCCCCAGCUGGAGGACCCUACUGGCUUCCUCAAUGCCUACUUUAGCUUCAUCAAUGCCUUCUGAGCAACCUCACCAGCAUUAGACAAUCUGAACUUGACAUCUGCGAGCAUAACCUGGGUCAUGUUCAUUCGGGCUCACAACGGGAAGGAUUUAAAACGUUUUGCAAUGGGAAAACAAAAAUAUGAAUUUCUUAUUGGAGUUCAGCCCAGGUAGUCCUUUUCUUCCAUUUGGUGCCUAAUGAACAUAUUCACAUCUCCCAUUGAAAACAAUGCAUGGUUUAUGUGAGAAAAGUAGUGUGUAGAAGAUUCUGACUGGAUGGGUCGGUCGUGAAAAACACCCAUAAUUGAAAAACUUCAACCUGAAUGAGAACUGUGCACAUUGAAUCAUACCUGAUAUGACACAGACAUCUUGAAUCCAUUCCUGUUAUUGAGGUCACCAAAGCGCCAAGUCCGACAGAUACUGUCUGCCUGCUACUCGGUAUGAACAAAAUUACAGUAGCUUAGCUGCAAAUGACAAUACUAAAUGGAACUACUGCUACUAUAGGGACAUUUGUGUACCAUGGGAAGUCUUACUGGAAGCAAAGAUUGCCCAAGCUAAUCUCAAAAGUAUUUUGAUUAUCUUUGGGGUUCAAUUAAUAGUUGUUUAUGACAAAUUGAUGUAAUUCAUAAGGUGGUAGAGCAUUUCUAACAGGUUGCAUCCCAAGGAAAAUUAU